AAAACCAUAUAACAAAUUAGUAAAAAACAUCAAUGGCUUCCUCAACAAACAUUCACUUCAUUUUCGUGCUAAUAACAUUUUUAAUUAUUCUUAGAACUUCAUUAUCAUAUGGACACAUUUCAACCGUCGAUGGGAUUUUGCCAUUCUCACCUAAACACGUUGUGGUCACUAACAAACUGGUUGCACAAUUUGGAUUGCUCGUGCACUGUACGAGUCAAGAGACAGAUUUGGGGGUUAUAUCGGUCUUAAUUGGCCAAAGUUUUGAUUUCAGAUUUCGUGUUAAUAUUCGUAAAACAACGAAAUUUAGUUGCAUUUUCUCGUGGCCUGGAAUUGUUAGGACGUUUGAUAUCUUUAGGGCCGAUAGGGACGAUAGUUCAACAAGUAAGUGUGGAAUAUGCAGUGAAUGUAUUUGGAACAUAUCGGAGUCAGGUCCAUGUCGUAUUAGACGUGAUGGAGGCCCUCCUUGCUGUUUUCCAUGGUCUUCUUAAUCAUAUCAAAAUAUUUAUCCUAUCUUUCUUUCAUAUCAAGGAAAAUAAACUAUUUCAUAUAUACAACAAAUAAAGAUUUUUUAGAGAAGAUAUAAAUAAACAUUUCUACUAUAUGAAUCUUUUUUUAAAUUGUUUGAAAUGGUUGACCCAUAUUUGUCAGUUGUCACUUUUCUCUUCUAAUAAUUGUUAGUUUUCAUAUAACCAUGACAUUUCAUUCUGUUUGUUUAUGUUCUCUCUAAAUCCGAAACGAGAUUUAAUGAUGUUUGUGGUGGAUCUACAAAGCUAUGUACAACAAUCAUGAACCGUUCA